AUGCGUAAUAACUUUUUCCUGGAGAAGAACCCGACCAUUGUGUCUUUUCCCAUGAAGAACCUCGAUCUUUCCGCCUAUGUUGACGAUCGUGCACCAGACAAACGUCAUAUGAACGCGAGAUAUGACCUUGUGUGCAAUGUUUGCCAUCAGGGUAGCCCAGCGGCCGGGCGUUACAAGAUACACGUGCUCCAUGGACCGUCAGGAGACUGGUUUGAACUGGAGGACCUUCUCGUUACAUCAGUAUUACCGCAGUUUGUUGCGCAAUCAGAAGAUGACGAGGAUCAGAUUAUGUUUGAUCUAUACGAUGGGCUCGACACAUUCGCCCAGAAAUCACAUGAGCUAGGUAAUCCGUCUGAUAAGCCUAUAACAACUAAAAUCGCACAAGACACGUAUCCUAAGGAAUUGGAACAUGGUGUCGCCAGUAAAUGCCAAUUCAAAGAACUUGGAGCUGAAGAUUUGGGCAGCGGUGUUGCUGGCCCAGCUACCACCCUGGAAGAUGAAGAUGACGGCUUAAUAUUCAUCGUCGAAGAUGACGAACGCGAAACUGAUACCGUUAUUGAACGUAAUGUGAAAGGUUCAAAACCAUCAGGGAGGGCAAAACUGGGAGGGUGGGCAACCAAGUACACUAAAAAAGGUGCACCAAGCUCCGAUUCACAAGCUAUGGCAUCGGUACAACCGGUCAAAGAGUGCUUUUGCCUCGUAACUGGAAUCCCGUGGUGGAUGGAUGUGCAUGAAUUCAACCACUCACUGGAAUCCAUAGGAGGGAUAGUAGCCUUCUCUAAGAUUCUGAGUGAUCCAACUAGUGGUGUGUCCCUGGGAUCAGCGGUAGUCGAAUUCGUGGACUGCGGGAGUUGCUCAACAUUCAGAAACUCGAAGAGUCGAUUUACUACGGCUGAAGUGUCAGAUGACAUCUUCGAACUUAUCAAAGAUUCGUCACUCUACCGUGAAGGGGUAUUCAAUACUGGAGUCCUUAAACGCAUCUUAGCUCACCUUGGAAUCACUGUCAGGAAACAUGCAACCGGGCUCCAGAGUGAUCCGUGCUACGAAAUGGAUUUCGAGGUGCAACAACUCGACAUGAUACAAGAUGGCGAAUUUCAAGCUGCCUCGAAUUUUUUCCCGUGGCUAAAUCUGAAAAUGCUCAAACUGAUGGGAUGCUCCAAGCGAAGAGAGCAAAAGAACUCGGAAAGCACCUACCAUAUCGCAAAUCAUUUAGAAGCUUAUCAACACAAAAACAAUGUGGUCCAGAACUCUUUCAACAAGAUCAUGCCUAAAAUAGUAAUGAAUAAUUAUAUGCAGGAAGCAACCAAAGAUAUGGGUGAAACAGGAAUGUUCCCUUUCCCUUUUGUUUUAAAUCCGCUUGGUCAACAGACAAAAGGCGCCGUAUCGAUGCGGAUGAAGCAGGGUAACCUGGUACAUGAUGACCAGGAACCAAACUCCAGCAACACAAAACGUCCGAAAUUGGAACCCAGUAGGAAAGAAAAGGGCGACGAAAGACGGGGGGAUUCUUCUACAAGUCCUUCAAGAAGACGACAAUCACCAUGCCGAAACACUAAUCGAAACAGCUCACAUCAUAGAAGGGAAACUUGUAAACGGGAUCGCCGAUGA